AUGGAUAAAUCAAAUUUGAAAGAAAGAGUUAAUAACUCUAUGAAGAAAGUAAAUACAGAGAAGAAUCAUUCACCGGUGCUUAGUUCAAGUAAGAAUGUAAAGGUAGCAACAACUGAAACAGCAACAACUACAAAGACAACACCAAACAAAUGGAUGGCAUCUUUCAUUGCUGUUAGACCAUGGAGUUUGACAGCUGGUGCAAGUUCAGUGUUGGUCGGUACUGCAUUGGCCUAUAGAUUCCACGGGGUUUUCGAUCCGCUAACUUUUGCCGUUGUGUUUACCGGUGCUAUGGCGACUCAGAUCAUUGGUAACCUCGUCAAUUCAUACUGCGAUCUGGCGAACGGUGUCGAUAAGGCAGAGUCAUCGGCCGAUAGAACCAUGUUUGAUUUGGGUCUGUCACGCGCCACCAUUAAAAAGAUGAUCUACGGCUGGAUCUUUGUUGCUCUGGCAGCGCUUGCCGUGCUUAUAAGUAGAAUGCCACUGCACGUAGUCGUUGAGCAGCUGCUGCCAUUGGUUCUGAUUGGCGGUGUACUCACUGUAACCUAUACAAUGGCGCCUUUCUCAUUGAAAUAUCGUGGACUCGGUGAUCUGGUGAUUGUAGCAUGCUUUGGUCCACUCAUUAUGCAAGGAACCUACAUUGCACAGACACACAUUGCAUCGAGCGAUGUCUAUCUCUACUCACUACCGCUAGCACUCAUCAUCGAAGCUAUCCUUCACAUUAACAACACACGUGAUAUCGCAAAUGACAAACGUGCUCGAGCAGUUACACUUGCAAACAUUCUCGGACCAAAGCUAUCAAACUAUUUCUUUGCAUUAUUAUAUUUAUGUGCAUAUAUAAUUCAAUAUGUUAUUGCAAUGAAAGAAGGAAGUAGCUUUAUUAAUCUACCAUUGAUGUUGGUGCCAAAGAUUAUCUAUACAUUAGUACCAAAGUUUUUUGCAAAUGAUUGGGAGGGUUUGGAUGCUGCUGCUGGUCAAUUCGCUUUCUUUUUCGGUGGUUUAAGUACAAUUGCAUUCAUUUAUGGUGUAAGAACAGAAUUUUAA